AUGUUAUCUAGGCUCCUGGCCUCUUUCUGGAACACGAAGACGACAGCCAGAAAACCAGAUUACCUUCAGCCACUCACACCUACACCAUGGCCCGCAACAGCGCGAGCAGCGAGAGUCAAGGGAUCCACAGAAGGCCUUUCCACAACUGUACCAACACUGACGGAGGACGAAGUCCAACGCGACCUGAAUCGUGUCUUCCUGACAUAUUCCAAUAUCGAUGACUUCCAUCGCGCAUUGUUCGCCCGCUACCUCGCUCUUCCAGUGCUGCUACGCGACAAGGUGUCUGCGAAUCUCAUGGGCUUUAUGGAUAGCCUGGAGUGCAUUGCUGAAAAGCUCAUGUCAGCUGAUUCCAGGCUCAAUGCCGAAGAAGUCUAUGUUGACUUCCCUGUGCGGGACCUCAGUGAUGAGGAAUUGUGGGAGACUCACAUGGACAUCAAAGAAGUUGCUGAAGACAUGCAGUAUCUGCGAUCGAGGGCGAACCGCGUUCGCAAGACAAUAGAGAGACUGGAAAUGGACGGCACAAACGCCACGACGAUAUCAAGCGAUGCGGUGCAGCAGAGCUGA